CACUGCCCACUUAGCUAAAGCAUAGAAGCCCCAAGCCAUUUUUAACUAAUACCCACUUUCUUCACAAAAUGGCAGUGAACAUUUCUCUCUUGCUUUCUUUCUGCUUUCUCUUCAUAUCCUCUGCCUUUGCAGCUCCUAAACCUAUACAUACUCCUAAACCUGUUCGUACACCUCUUGAAGGACUUCUCCCAAAUGGCAACUUUGAGGAUCCAAUAAAGCCAUCUGACAUCAAGAAAACAACGCUGAUAGGAAAAUAUGCACUGCCCAAAUGGGAGAUCUCAGGCAAGGUUGAGUACAUUCAUGGAGGGCCACAGCCAGGUGGGAUGUACUUUGCAGUUGCACAUGGUGUCCAUGCAGUUAGGCUUGGGAAUGAGGCCUCAAUUUCUCAGACAAUUCCUGUGAAAAUUGGAACCCUCUAUGCACUCACAUUUGGGGCUUCAAAAACUUGUGCUCAAAAUGAGGUCUUGAGGGUAUCAGUGCCACCUCAAACAGGGGAUCUUCCAUUGCAGACUCUGUAUAGCAGCAAUGGUGGUGAUACCUAUGGUUUUGGUUUCAUUCCCAAUACCAAUUAUGCAAAGAUUACCUUUCACAAUCCUGGGAUUCAAGAGGAUCCUGCUUGCGGGCCACUUUUGGAUGCUGUUGCCAUCAAAGAACUUUCCCCACCUAAGCCCACAAGAGCGAACUUGGUUAAGAACGGUGAUUUUGAGGAGGGUCCUUAUCGGCUAAUUAACUCUUCCCAUGGUGUCCUCCUCCCUCCAAGCCAGGAGGACAGGACAUCUCCACUUCCUGGAUGGAUUAUCGAAUCACUGAAGGCCGUCAAAUUCAUCGAUGCCAUGCAUUUCAAUGUCCCGAGUGGACGUGCAGCAAUAGAAUUUCUUGGAGGGAGGGAGAGUGUGAUUGCACAGAUUAUUAGAACAGUGCCUAACAAGGAAUACAAUCUUACAUUCAGCGUAGGGGAUGGAAAGAAUGGCUGCCAUGGAUCAAUGAUGGUUGAAGCAUUUGCUGCAAAGUCUACAUUGAAAGUUCCGUUUCAAUCCGUAGGAAAGGGUCAGUACAGGACUGUUAGUUUCAAAUUCACAGCCAUUUCAGCUAGGACAAGAUUAACUUUCUUCAGCUCUUUUUACCACACAAAGAUUGAUGACUACGGAGCUCUCUGUGGCCCUGUUCUUGAUAAUGUCAAGGUGGUCACUGCUAGAUUUUGAUCAAUCAUCAUCAAGAUACAAAAGGGAAGUGAGCGAGCACCUCUGUGCGUUUAGUGGUCUUUUUGUGUUGAUUUCCUCUCCACAGGAUUGGAUUUUGAUUUGUUGUAUGUAGCAACUCUGCAAUUGCCUUGACCAUAAAUAGAUUUCAUCUAAAUGCCUUGCCCUUCCCUGUUUGGCUUCUUAGUGCCUAGCAUGAAAUAGAUGCCUAUAGAAAGACUUAAGGGCAAUUUCCUACUCGGUUGCAAGAGUUUCAGUGAAGAUAUUACUUGUAUGAUAUCUCCAGAAGCUUGGAUUUGAUUUAUUGGAUUUCAAGAACCAUAAAUAAAGCAUUUUUCAAGCUAC